AUGGGCGAAACAUCACUGGACACUAUAGAAACUAUAUUCAAAGAACUCCGUCAAACAUUUGAUACGGGAAAAACAAAAUCAUUAUCAUGGCGUAAAAGACAACUUGAACAAUUAUAUAAAAUGUGUGAUGAACAAAAAGAUACGUUGGCUGCAGCUGCUAAUGCAGAUUUCCAUCGACCAUAUACUGAAACAUGUUUAUUUGAUUGUAGUUCAGUUCGUAAUGAAUGUAAUCAUGCUCUCAAUAAUCUUGAUGAAUGGGCCAGUGAUGAAAAAGUUUCAGAUAUAUUUGCUUAUGCAACAAUGGAUAAAUAUAUUCAUCCUGAACCGUUAGGUGUUACUUUAAUUAUUGGUGCAUGGAAUUAUCCAUAUUUAGUAACAUUAACACCAUUGGUUGGUGCCAUAGCUGCUGGUAAUUGUGCUAUUAUUAAACCAUCAGAAUUAGCACCGAGAUCAGCUGCUAUUAUAGCAACAAUGGUUGAACGUUAUCUUGAUACAUCAUGUAUUCGUGUUGUACUUGGUGCUGUAGAACAAACUCAAGCAUUACUUAAAGGUGAUAUUGAUAAAAUAUUCUAUACUGGUUCAACAACAGUGGGUAAAAUAAUUAUGAAAGCAGCUGCUGAUAAACUUAUUCCAGUGACACUUGAAUGUGGUGGUAAAAGUCCAGUUUAUAUUGCUGAUGAUGCUAAUAUAAAGAAUUGUGCAAAACGUCUUGCUUGGGGAAAAACUAUUAAUUGUGGACAAACAUGUUUGGCACCAGAUUAUGUUUUAUGUUCUAAAGCAACUGAAGGUCGACUUAUACCUGAAAUAGUCAAGGCUUGGCAAGAAUUUUAUACGAGUAAUCCACUUAAUUCCGAAUCUUAUUGUCAUAUAGUCAAUGAUCGACAUUUUGAACGUGUUAAAAAAUUAAUCAACAAAGAUAAAGUUACACAUGGUGGUCAAACGGAUUCAAAUGCAAAUUAUAUUGCACCAACAAUAAUGACUAAUAUUACUGCAGACGAUGAUGUUAUGCAAGAAGAAAUCUUCGGUCCACUUCUUCCAUUUGUUACUGUUAAUAAUGAACAAGAAGCAAUUAAAUUUAUAAAUAGUCGAGAUAAACCAUUAGCACUUUAUUUAUUUACUACAAAUAAAAGUUUAGCUAAUAAAAUUAUUCAAGCAACAAGUUCAGGUUCAACCUGUGUAAAUGAUAUUAUAGUACAAGUUGCUCCACUAGGUUUACCUUUUGGUGGUGUCGGUGCAAGUGGUUUCGGUGCAUAUCAUGGCAAGUAUUCAUUUGAUACAUUUAGUCAUCGUCGUACUGUCGUUCAUGUACCUAAUUGGACAGAAUUUCUUGUGGCUAAACGUAAUCCACCAUAUAAAACAAAAGAAAUAUCUUUCGUUGAGAAAAAAACUAAAGUUAAACGUCGAUGGCGUUUUUUACCUCGACGUGGAUUUUGGUUUUGGGCAGUUGUCGCCUUGAUUGUUGCUCUUUCAGCACGUGCUAUCCGUCGUUUCAAACAGUAA